ACCGUGCAACAAUUUUGUACUCUCGCACGUGUUGUUCAGCGUGCAUUGUGUUUUUAAAUAUUGCUGAGUUUUAAAUAGCAAAUAUGGUAAAAGUACAGAAGCCGCAGCCGAAAACUCUCAGCAAGGGCAACAAAAUCGAAGGCAUUGCCAAGGAGAAACAAAAAGUGGGCAAAACCAUUAAAAAAGCAAAAGCAACCGCUCCUGCUGUGGUUGACAGCAAAAAAAGCGCUACAAAAAAGACAGAAAUUAAGAAAGCUACGAAGAAAAAUGCCGUAAAUGGAGCAGGAGUAUUUACAGUAACACCAGCUACGCCCCCGGCGAAGUCAAAGCCGUCGUCCAAGAAGCCAUUGGUCUUGGCCCCGCCCGAAUCGCCGGCUACACCAGCACCUAAACCAAAAGCAGCAACAAAGGUUGCCAAGAAUGUUGCCCCAACAAAGGUGAAUGCAACAAAAGCAACGAAAAUUGUGCCUGUUGAAAGUCAAAAGCCCAAGAAGCAAGAAAAGGUUGAAAAGAAACCCGUAAAGCAGCAGGAAAAGCCUACGAAGCAAGUGCCUGUAGAAAAUAAAUCCGAAAAACAGGAAAAGCCUAAGAAGCAAGUGCCUGUAGAAAAUAAAUCCGAAAAACAAGAGAAGCCUGUAGAAAAGAAAUCGGAGAAACCGGAGAAGCAAUCAAAGAAGCAAGUUCCUGUGGAAAAGAAAACUGCUAAGCUAGAGAAACAGUUGACUACUUCAGUUGCUAAGAAUGCCAAGAAGCAGCCUCAGUUGGCAAAGAAAGUGGCCAAGAAAGUAGUAAAAGUAGUUGCCACAAAAGUUGUCAAAGUUCCCAAAGGCAAAGGAAAGCCAAAGGGAAGGGCAGCUAAGAAGCAAAAGAAGGUAAAGAAAGUCGUAGAGUUGGAUUAUGAACUGAAAGGGUUUGAUGAGGAUAAAUUUAAUGAAAUUGUCUGCGAAUCGAAUGUGGAAAAAGUGUGCAAUGCUCUUAAGAGCCAGGUGGCCGAGGAGGUGCAGAAGCAAAAGGCGACCUCAAUCUUCAGCGAUUAUCGCUACAUCCUGCAGGUUGCCUGCUACAAGAUACCCAGUUGCCCCAAGCGUGUCGUAAAGCUGGCGCUGAAGCAUUCGCUGGUCGGUACCGAUGACGAUGUCGCCUUCAUUGUUACGGACCUGCAGCGAGGAGCUCGCUUUGACUAUGAGCCCACCGUGCAGCAUUAUGAGGAUUUAUUGCGCGAGGCGGGCGUCGAGCAGCGGCUGAGUGUGGUGCCUUUUAAUCGACUGCGCAAUGAUAUGACCACUUUUGAGGCUAAGCGCAAGUUCCUCAACAGCUACGAUUACUUACUGUGCGAUGGACGCAUCUCAGGCCAGGCGAGCGCUUUUCUCGGCCAGCAUACUCUGAAGCCACGCAAUGUGUUGCACGCCGUGCGUAUGAGCAAGACCAACCAGUUGAAGGAGGAAAUAUCGCGUGCACUUUGCCGCACUGCCUACAGGCAGUUGAGAAAGGGUGAUCUAACGGCCAUACCGGUGGGCAAUCAUGAGCACAGCGGCCCACAGCUAACCGAGAACAUUUUGGGUAUUGUCAAACAGCUGCAGCAGCAGUAUCCUGGCGGUCUUGCCAAUGUGCGCUCAAUGUAUUUGAAAAUCGAUAUUGUGGGAACCUCGGCGCUGCCCUUGUAUAUCAGCAUGUGUGCCCCGCCAGCGGAUACACCCUAUGUGGUUGGUCCGCGUGAGCAGCGCAUGCUCAAACUGAAGAAACAGGCAAAUGAAGUGCUUACAAGAUUCGCUCUUACCAAGGAUGUGGAUUUCAUCAAGUUGACCAAAGAACAGGUGAAACAUAAGGCAGAGCUGCGAGAGAAGCGUUUAGCUCUGAAGGCUGCGGAAGCUAAGGAGUCGGCAAAGGAUGGCGACGGCGGCGAGGAGUCGGCUGUGCCAGCGAAAAAAGCACGUAAAAAUCCACCACUGCAGACGGUCCAACCUGUUGACGAGUCUGAUGAUGAGGAUGAUGACGAGGACGAAGAAGAUGAUGAUGAAGAUGAAGAUGAGGAUGAGGAUUAGACGCCGACUAACAUAUAGUCCAAUUGUUCUUUCAUUUCCUUAGUCUAUAUUUUGUUAUAUGCUAACUUCAUUAUACAAAUGAAUGUAUAUGUAUCGUGAACACAAUUGGAAACACUUUCUAGAAAUAAACAAUUUUUUUAUAUAAGAAAAAU